AUGGCUGGACAGAAGAACGACUAUGGGAAAAAGUCCCAUUAUCAACCUGAUUUCCAUGGAAAUGAAGGAGGCAACAGAACAGAUGAGAGGGAAUCACAUGGAAUUGGACCAGAAGAUACAGUGUAUCGUUACUUAUGCCCUAGUAGAAAAAUCGGAAGCAUAAUCGGAAGAGGUGGAGAAAUAGUAAAGCAAUUAAGAUUAGACACUCAAGCCAAGAUUAGAAUCAAUGAAUCCAUUCCAGGUUGUGAAGAGCGUGUUGUCAUCAUCUACAGUUCAAGUGAAGAAACAAACAGUUUUGGAGAUAACAAUGAUCUCGUUUCACCUGCACAGGAUGCUCUGUUUAAAGUCCAUGAUAGAAUCGUUGUUGAAGAAGAUGAGUUUGAUGAAAGUCAACAAAUUACUGUGAGAAUGCUUGUUCCUUCUGAUCAAAUUGGAUGUGUGAUUGGAAAAGGUGGACAAGUUAUCCAAAACAUACGUAGUGAAACACACGCUCAAAUCCGUAUUCUAAGCAACGAACAUCUUCCAAAUUGUGCACUGAAUUCUGAUGAACUUCUCCAGAUAAGUGGGGACACUGCAGUUGUAAGGAAAGCUUUAUAUCAGUUAGCAUCUCGCCUCCAUGAAAAUCCAUCAAGAUCUCAACAUCUACUAUUGUCAUCACCGAGUCUUCAUCGAGGAGGGUACAUGGGCCCACAUUCCGGGGCCCCACCCGUGUCUUUAAUGGGUCCUUAUGGGAAUAAUGGGGGAGAUUGGAGGGAAUUCUCACUUCGUUUUGUUUGUCCAACUGAUAACAUUGGAGCUGUGAUUGGAAAAGGUGGUGUGAUUAUCAAACAAAUGAGGCAAGAAUCUGGUGCUAACAUUAAAGUUGAUAGUUCUUCUGCUGAAGGAGAUGAUUGUCUCAUAACUGUAUCUGCAAAAGAGGUGUUUGAAGAUUCAUCUCCAACAAUUGAUGCAGCUAUGCGAUUGCAGCCUCGAUGCAGUGAGAAAAGUGAAAAAGACAGUGGAGUUUUUGUAAUCACUACUCGUUUGCUUGUUCCAAGUUCACGAAUCGGAUGUUUAAUUGGUAAAGGUGGAGCCAUUAUUUCUGAAAUGAGAAAUUUAACAAGAGCAAAUAUUCGUAUUUUGAACACUGAAAAUCUCCCUAAAGUUGCUUCUGAAGAUGAAGAAAUGGUCCAGAUAACUGGAGACAUUAAUGCUGCAAGUAGUGCGCUUUUACAAGUGACUACACGAUUAAGAGCAAAUGUGUUUGAAAUGUCGAUGGAAAUGGCGGAUGGAUCAAGAUAUGGAAAUUCCCGUGGACGUGGGAAUUCGUCUCAUUCCGGAAGAUUCGAUCAGGAUUUGCCUCCCGGUGACGGUUAUGGUGGGCCCCAGUCCCAGGUUUCCGGGAGCGGUUAUGGUGCUUACUCCGGCCGCAGGGCAUCUAUUUUUGGGUUCUUUUGCUUAAGCUGUGAACUGUGAUGCCUGAAGGAUGGUUAUAAACGAGAAGAGAAGAAGGCGAGGGCAUUAUAGUACAUUGUAAUUAUGUUUUCGUUAGAGGAUAUUUAUCUGUCUUCUACUUAGAUACCAUAAUAUCUGAACUCCAUGCUUAUAAACCAUUUUGACCUUGAUGUUUUUCCUGCUAUAGGGAUUUUUUUAUUUUAUUUUUUAUUUGUUUGUAAAUUUUAUAACAGGAAUCGUGGUUGUUUUGUUUAUGCUCAACACAAUUAAAGAUUUUGAAGAAUUAGGGUUUGGAAAAAAGUAUGGAUUUCUUGUCUAUAUUUAUGCAUGUUUAUUAUAUUUGUUAAAAAAUGUUGGUUUGAUUCCUG